UCACUGCUGCUUAUGCUUCUCCUUACCUGUCGUGCACUUGGCUCCCCUACAUUUUAAGCUGGAAAUUAUCCCUCUUUUCUCCUCCGCGGCAUCUGAGAGCUCUCUUUAAAGAAUGGAGUAAAUUUGAGCUUUGGCUUUUGCUAUUGCUGUCUGACUCUCUUGCUUUCCGUUUUCUGAAACCUGUAGCUGGUUUUCGUCGGAAGCGAGCGAAGAGGAAAGAUGGACGACUACGCGAGGGAGAUGAUGGACCUGAAAACACUCGUCACCCGAACGCUCGAGAAGAAGGGAGUUCUCGCGAAGAUAAGGGCUGAGCUCCGAGCAAGUGUCUUUGAGGCCAUUGAAGAAGAGGACCGAGUUAUUGAAAAUGAAAAUAGUGGAGUUCCUCCAGCUUUGCUUGGAAGUUGUAAUGAUCGUGCCAAGCAGCUACAUGCCUCUCCUACAGGAAAGUUAUUGACUGCUCUGGUGUGCGAAUACCUAGAUUGGGCCCAGCUUGGGCACACUCUUAAGGUUUACUUGCCUGAGUGCAAUUUGGAAAAGGACUUUUGGAAAGCUGAGUUACGGGACUUUAGUGGCAAAGAUGGCUUUGAUAUUAAUAGGAAUAAUGAAAGCAGGCCUAUGCUUUUAGAUGUGCUUGAAGGUUUUCUGAAAUCACAGAAUUUGUUGCAAGCAAGGGGUGGGAGAAAAUUGGGUACUUCGGAUGUUGACUCUGUACUGAGUGUGGAUGCCAGGAAUACUCGUAGACAAUCUUCUUCAACAAUUGUUGGUGGCCUGCCGCCCCUAGGAAGGCAUGGCCAAACUUCCCAGUCAUCAGAUCGAAGGUUAGGAUCCUCUGCUACCAAUUUUCGGAAGGAUGAGCACAAUUGGAGAUAUGAUAAUGACCUCUCUGAAGAUGUACUCAGAGCUUCAAAUGCGCUGGAGAACAUUCAGCUGGACAGAAAAGCUCGUACUUUGUCUACAUCUUGGAGGCACGCCAGUGAUGGCAUUGUUGAAGAUGAUGUCAAGGUAGAUCGCUUAUAAUUUGUUAGGAUGGUCAAUGGCUUGUUAAUGUAAUUUUCUCUAAUUUUUUCUGCUUAUUAAGGACGAUUUUUCCUAUAUCAUGAUACAUCUUUCAGUUUCUCAUGUUACUAUCAAAGGCUUUCAAGCUUCAAAUGUUUCCUAAAUAUAUAUUUACACGAGGCUUAUUGUAUUUGUAGCUGUGUAUAGUAACAUGUUAAAUUCUUUACCUAUUUGCUAUUUUGUCCUAAUGAAAUAUUCAGCUUGGCCAUGAACUUUGUAAUGA